AUGUCAAACCCUCUAAUACCAAACCUUGAACCGGAGAAUAUCUCGAACUUUGUAUGGAAGCAACGAUUAGGAAAAAUCAACUGAAAAAAGAUAACAACCCUUGAUAUUGAUGCUGCUUUUCAAGCUGGAAAUAUUGAUAAUUUACAAGAAAUUAUUGAAAAUUUAACAUUUGCAGCUUUGGAUAGAGAAGAUUUAGAAAAAAUUGGAGAUUCAAGUGUGCUUAAAGUAUUUAGACUAUCACAAUUGGCUAUGGAAUAUCAUUUGUAUACUCAAAAUCAGCUCAGUAUAAAAGCUAAUUCAUGUGAGUCUCAAUAUAAAUUGUAUUUUGAGCAAAAUCAAUAUUUGCAAGAAUCGUUUACUGCUAAUGAAAAAGAAAUAAAUAAUUUAAAAGCUGAAUUACAAAAGAAAAAGCAUGCGGUGAUGGCAUAUAAACGCCUUUUAAAGCAGCCUUUAGCUUCAAUAAUGAUGAGAAAGGAGGCUGCCCAAGCAGCCGCAGCCAAAUGUGAGCUUUGCUCUAAACAGUUUGUUUCCCAGGAAUACUUAGAUAAACAUAAAGCUAGGAGGCAUGCCCAAGAAAAUUCGCAAAGCAAUGUAACUCAAAACCAGCAAGCUCAACUUAAUAUUGUUCCAAUAAUGAAUACUUUAAACUCAUUUAUGGCCCAACAGCUUCAAACUCUAGCGGAUACAAAUCUUAGGGGUAUAAAAGUAAUGCAAGAUCUAUAUGAGUCCAGAAUUUCAGCUACCUUAGAUCCUCCCUCUGAGCUUUUUGUUAUUUACAAAAACAAUUUUUAGAAAUUUUUCUAUCAAAUUAAUACCUAAAAAAAAUGUCUCUGUCUGGAGUCAAAGAAAAAAAUCCUGUACCAGAAUUUAUGAAAUGAAUAGUUUUCAAUCAAUGAUAAUAAGAGAAUCUCAACAAAGAAGCUUAUAUAUGUCACAAGAAGAACAGGUAAGUAGAGAAUGCAUUGAAAAACAGAUUUUAAUUGAAGAGCAAAAGAAAAAAAUUGAGGAAAAUGAAAGGAAAAUUAAUGAAAUGAAAGAAAAUAAAGAAAUCAUUAAUAAGAAAAAAAUAGAUUUACUCCCUUUAAAUUGUAGUAAGAUUUUAUUUUGUAUAUAUAAAUAGCUUAUACCCAAAUUAAUGUUGUUAAAAUAAAAUUUUAAGCUAGAAUUUGCUCUAUUUUAAAUAGAAAUAAAAUUAGAAUGAAACUAAAAACAAAGUAAAAGCUAAAAUUGGCAAAUUUAAUAAAAUAAUAUUUUAAAUAUUUUAUAUAAAUCUCUCAAAAGAUAAAUAAUUGUUUGAGAGUUAGAAAACAUAUUGGAAGAAGUACAAGUUGAGGAGCAAAAAAUAGAUUUUUCACCAGAAAGCCAGCCAAUUAUAAUAAAAGUUCCUAAAUCAUCAAGAAGUCCAAGAAACCUUAAAAAUAAUUCAAGCCCUAGUAGCAAAAGAAAUACACAGUCUCCUUUUAAGUUUGGCUCAAAUGCUCAUGAUCUUGAAGAUGAUUCUGCUUCCGAAGACGAAAAAUCGCAAGAAAACAUUUCUUCUUUAAAAGUCAACAAAACCAUUGAAGAGAUUUCCAUUCAAAAAACGAAGAAAAAAGAAGAAAUCUCUGCAGAAAUUGCAGCGUCUAAAGAGAAUAUCGAAACCCAAGUUGAUUUUCCAAGCAUAAAACUAAUAAAUCUUGAAGCUCAGAGGAAAAAAACUAACAUUGCAAACAGGAUUAGGCCGCUAAUGCAAAGACAAACGCAUUUAGCCUUUCAUGAAAAAUACACAUCUCCAAUAGAAACUUUUUAUAACUAUGACUAUGAAUAUUUAUAUCAGUAAGAUUUAAAUAAAAAAUAAAUUUAAUUAAUCUUAUUAUGAUUUUAUUUAAUUUGAUCAUUAUAACUGAAAUUCGACAAAAAAUUGUGUCUGCAUUGGAAAAUCAAUUUUUACGGUUUUCUGAAGAAGAAAUUCAUAAUAGGCUGCGGAAAGAUCCUAUUUAUUCAGCAAAAAGAAUAGAAAUUAUAAACAGAAUUAACAAAAUGUGUGAAGAAAUAAAACAAAACAGUAUAAGCUCGAAGCAGAAAAAGUCUAAUGAGCUUGAAAGUCCUCCACUUCCACAAAUAAGAAAAUCGCUCUCAGAAAACAAGGCACAAAAUAACUCAGAGAAACUGCAAAUUCCUGAGCUCAAGCCACAAGUUUCUGAGUCCAGAUGAAACAAGCCAGAGCCAAAUAUCAAAAUUUUUAACUUAAACGUAAAUAAUGAAAAAUUCCAAGAAGAUGAAGAAGAAAAAAAGACUUAUAAAAUUUCAGGAAGGAUUGAUGACUCUAUUGCACAAAAGGAAUCUAGACUAAUACAAGGAGUAGAACAUGUACAAAAUAAAGAAUCUAUUAAAGAUCCAGUUGCAUCAGAAAAAGGAAGCAAUAAUUUUAGGGAAGGAACUAUUUUUGGAGAGAGAAAUUUAGGAAAAAAUUCAGUUAUGGGGCUGGAGACCCAAAAAAUAAAGAAACAGAUGCUAAUUAUAGGCGCUAAAGCAGUUCUUAAGCUGCUAAAUAGAGAUAUCAAGAAGCAUGAUGUGGAGCUGCAAGAGAUAUUCUAG